GGGGCGCGGUGCAUUGUGGGCAGAGGGGCGGGGGUUGGGAAGAUGGCGGCUCCCAGCCUCCUUAACUGGAGGCGGGUUUCCUCCUUCACGGGGCCGGUCCCCCGCGCCCGGCACGGACACCGGGCGGUGGCCAUCCGGGAGCUGAUGAUCAUCUUUGGAGGGGGCAACGAGGGCAUCGCGGACGAGCUGCACGUCUACAACACGGUUACGAAUCAGUGGUUCCUACCUGCUGUUAGAGGAGACAUCCCUCCAGGCUGUGCUGCCCAUGGAUUUGUCUGUGAUGGUACCAGAAUUUUAGUAUUUGGGGGAAUGGUUGAAUAUGGAAGAUACAGCAAUGAGUUAUAUGAGUUACAAGCAAGUCGUUGGUUAUGGAGAAAAGUGAAGCCCCAUCCCCCUUCUUCAGGUUUACCUCCUUGUCCUCGGCUUGGACAUAGCUUCUCUUUAUAUGGUAACAAGUGCUAUUUGUUUGGUGGCCUGGCAAAUGAAAGUGAAGAUUCAAACAAUAAUGUUCCCAGGUAUUUAAAUGAUUUCUAUGAGUUGGAGCUUCAGCAUGGUUCUGGUGUUGUGGGUUGGAGCAUUCCAGUGACUAAAGGGAUUGUGCCUUCUCCAAGAGAAUCCCACACAGCUGUUAUUUACUGCAGAAGAGAUUCUGGGAGCCCUAAAAUGUAUGUUUUUGGUGGAAUGUGUGGUGCUCGCCUGGAUGACCUAUGGCAACUUGACUUAGAAACUAUGUCAUGGUCAAAACCAGAAACUAAAGGGACAGUGCCACUUCCACGAAGCCUUCACACAGCCAGUGUUAUAGGAAACAAGAUGUACAUCUUUGGUGGAUGGGUUCCACAUAAGGGGGAAAAUAUUGAGGCUUCACCUCAUGAUUGUGAAUGGAGAUGCACCAGUUCAUUUUCUUACCUAAAUCUUGAUACAGCAGAGUGGACCACCCUCGUAUCAGAUUCUCAGGAAGAUAAAAAAAAUUCAAGGCCAAGACCAAGAGCUGGACACUGUGCUGUAGCAAUUGGUACGCGAUUGUAUUUUUGGAGUGGAAGAGAUGGCUACAAAAAAGCACUGAAUAGUCAAGUUUGCUGCAAGGAUCUUUGGUAUCUUGAUACUGAGAAACCACCAGCACCCUCACAAGUACAGCUGAUCAAAGCCACCACCAAUUCUUUUCAUGUCAAAUGGGAUGAAGUACCUACAGUUGAGGGCUAUCUUUUACAACUGAAUACAGACUUGCCAUACCAAGCUCCAUCAUCAGAUUCUUCAGCAUCACCAAAUAUGCAAGGAGUCAGGAUGGACCCUCACAGACAAGGCAGUAACAGCAUCAUUCCUAACAGUAUCAGUGAUACAAUGAACAGCACAAAAUCCGAACAUACAGCUAUGAAAGGAACUUCAGUGAAAAACAAACCAGAUCUCAAAGCAUCGACUGAUUCUAGUGCCAUUUUACAUUCAUCUUUGGCAACUAAUGCUUCUAAUCAUAAUAGUUCUGUGGUGGAUAUGUUAAGGAAAAGUGAAGGUCCUCACACUUCAGCAGAUAUAGGUGCUCUAAGUAGUUGCCUGGACUUAAGAACAGUAAUCCCCGAAACUUCUGUAUCCAGUACUGUUUCCAGCGCACAAACUAUGGUAACCCAGCAGACCAUUAAAACUGAAUCAUCCAGUACAAAUGGGGCAGUUGUUAAAGAUGAAACUUCACUAACAACAUUCAGUACCAAAUCUGAAGUUGAUGAAACAUGUGCACUACCUGCAGCUAAGAUCAGCCGUGUAGAGACACGUGCUGCAGCGACACCAUUUUCUAAAGAGACUACUUCAAAUCCAGUGGCCACAGUGAAAGCAGGAGAACGACAGUGGUGUGAUGUAGGAAUUUUUAAAAAUAAUACAGCUUUGGUGAGCCAGUUUUAUUUGCUGCCAAAAGGGAAGCAAAGCAUCUCAAAGAUAGGAAAUGCAGACGUACCUGACUACAGUUUACUUAAGAAACAAGAUCUUGUUCCAGGCACAGGAUACAGAUUCAGAGUUGCUGCCAUAAAUGGUUGUGGAAUAGGCCCUUUCAGCAAAAUCAGUGAAUUUAAAACUUGUAUUCCCGGUUUUCCUGGAGCUCCUUCUGCAGUCAGAAUUUCAAAGAAUGUUGACGGUAUCCAUCUUUCCUGGGAGCCUCCAACUUCACCUUCUGGAAAUAUUUUGGAAUACUCAGCCUACUUGGCUAUCCGCACAGCACAAAUACAAGAUAAUCCAAGUCAGCUUGUGUUUAUGAAGAUUUAUUGUGGUCUUAAGACAUCAUGUAUAGUAACUGCUGGGCAACUUGCAAAUGCACAUAUUGAUUAUACAUCCAGACCUGCCAUUGUGUUCAGGAUAUCAGCAAAGAAUGAAAAGGGAUAUGGACCAGCUACGCAAGUUCGAUGGCUUCAAGGUAACAAUAAAAAAGCACCUUUAAAUUGAUUUUUUUUUUUUUUUUACUGCAGCUGUUGUGAUGAUUAUUUAUUAGUAACUGGUUAUGAAGAUUUGUCAUUUAAAAGAGUAUUCUCUGACUGUAUUUCUAGCAGUUAUGAAUUUGGGUUUGUAAGUUGUUCUUAAAAUGUAUUUGCUCAAUUCUAGAUCCAAAUAAAAAUAGAAAAGAAGCAAAGCCUCUGAAAAUUAGUAUAUGAAUUCUUCUUUACAGUUAUAGCUCUUUUAUCAAGAAAAAUAGUAAAAUUAAGAUCAAAGCUAGAAGGCUUUAUUAUUCCAGUAUCUUUUCUAAGGGCCAUGUAACUCAGUCAUCCUAGAGUUAUUGAGAUGAUCCUCGUAACUGGCUGUUGUACACUGUGCUGUCUGUGUAGUGCAUGUUCUCUACACUGUAAAGGCCCUGUCUUUGAGCACUUCCUCUGACUUCAUUCUACAUGAGCAGUGGUCCUCUCACUAUCUUCUACUGGAAAAUACUUGUGAUACUAAUUUUAGUAGCCAUUUGAUUCAUUCUUUGUUGAUCUACAGUUAGCACAGAGCUUUAAGAAAUUCAAAAAAGAAAAGAGGCAAGUUCAGAAAUUCUGCUUUUGAAUUUUUAUCAUUUUCCAAGAAUCAUGGCAAAAUACAUAAAGAGAAUAGUGGGUUUUCUUGAUUCAUACCAGGUUGAUAUAUUGGAAUAUAUUUUUGGCCAAAGCACUUAUCUGGUCCUCGAUUUCCUUAUUAAUAGAUGAGGGAGUUAAAAGAGUUUAUCUUUAAAGGUCCCUUUCAGCACUAAAAUUCUGUAUUUUCAUCAGAAAUGAAGUAUAUCCCUAAACAUUUUAACAUCUGUCUUAAUGGAUCUAACUUUGCUUUUGCUGAAAUUAAAAUGUUCAUAAUUUAAAAUUCAAAGUGAAAGUAUAUGUCCUCCUUAUUGCAGAAAGAAAGAAGCACCUUAACAGAACACAAGUUUUUGAAAUAGUGUUUUAAACAUUUGUAAGAUUUUUGUAAAUGCUCUAAAUGUUUAUUUUUGCAUUGUUUUUACCUUGAAAUUGUAUAAACUUUUUUACAACAGAAAUAUAAGCAUUAGACAGCUUACUCAGGUUCCAUUAACAACCUUAAAGUUGCAUAUAGGCAUUAUGGAUACUCUGCUGUAGGUAACUUGUUUUAAACCUUUUAGGAAUUUCAUGUUUCCACUGCCUAUUCAAAUCUGGAAUGAAUAUAAAGAGCAAUAAUUGCAGAAAGGAUAUUUCAGACUAAGAGCUGCAGCGACUGCAGGGGCACAGGCCUAUCUUUUUAUACCAUAAAACCUUAUGCCAGUUUAGGUUGACUGAGUAGCUGUGUCCUCAAACUUCAUGUAUAGUACUCCCAGCAAGGAUGGAUUUGAUUGUGCAGAAUUGAUAUGUAUGUAUGUUCCAGUUACUAAUUUAAAGUGUAUAGAAUAUUUUAAUAUAUAAUUUUUGUAAAGAACUGGGAUUUUUAUACUACAGUAUUUGUGAUUAAUGUGUCUCACUAAUUAAGUUUCUCUUGAAGAAAAUAUGCAAACUGUUAAGACACAUAAUGAAUGAUUUCCAAACUCUAAAGGUAAAAUAAAUGCACUACUAUGGUGUUGUUAGAAUACCUUUUUUGUGACUAUAUGAAUCCUUAAUCUUUAAAUGUGUACUUUACAAACAAUGUUUACAAGGAGCUUUUCUGGUUUGUUAUCCCAGCACCUCCCUUGGUGAGAGCUUCAUUCUGCAUUUGUUUAACUCAUAUGCUUUGCUUUUAGCAUAUGCUUGCUUUUUUUGCACUAGUAGAAUUUUAACUUACCUCAUUAUUAUGUUUGUAAUCAUUUGUAUAGCUUCCAUAAUAUGUCUGAUAUAGGCGAAAGAAGUACUUAACCAAAGUUAAAAUAAAUGGUAAGCAAUUUUGCACAUAUUAAAUGCUAGGGUUUGCUGUGUAUAUGUGUGCAUUUAGUUAUAAAAAGAGUAAGAAUGGAAAGUUAUGUUUCAAGCCCAACUGUUUUAAUGAUUUAUUUGCUGUAUUAGGAAAAGGUCUGGCUUUUAACCCCUUAUUCGCUGCAUUAACAAUUUGCAUCUUGAAGCACUUCUCUUAAGGACAAGGAAUAAGUUAAUUUUGAGCAGAGAAUAGAGUAUUUGUUUGAAUGUGUACAUUUAUGCCUGUUUAGUAUUCUGUUUAGUUUAGUUUGCUUAAACGCCUCUGUUCUAGACUGGGAAGUGAGUAUGAACCUGUGGUUCUAAAAUAUGUCUUAUUUCUAGAGGGAAAGGCAGUCUUUCUAUACCAAGGGAUUUGUUAAAAUAACAAAUAUUUUUACUUUGAGCAUUAGUCCAGAUUCUUAACCAUGUUUUCGCAUUCGUAUCUUAAGUACUAGUCACAUUUAUCUCUUUGAUAAAUGAUUAGUGACUGCAAGAUGCCACUGAGAAAUCUCUGUGGCUUUGACAUUAAUAGUUAAUAAGAGAUCGUUGAGCUCUGUGUUUAUGAAUAGACUGGGUUAGGGUAAGUAACAAGAGAAGUGCAUUUAGCGUAUGUUUGGCACAUUUUCGAAGUGAGGAUCCCUUUGAGUAGCAGUGAGUUAUAAUAUGCAGCUAUCUUCCAUAAGAAGAUUUGCAUUGAGUUAAAUUACUUUCUUUAUUCCUCCCAGCUGGAUAAGCAAUUCAGAUACAUAAGCCUUUGUGCCACAGUCCUCUUCCUGGACUCUGCAGUUUUGGUUCACAUAUGUAGUAAAAAGAUUUUGCUGUUGCAUGCUCUUAGAACUAUGUUUUCUAAAAUACUGUAUUGGCUUCAUUUUAGUUUAGUAAACUGUUUGGCAAUUUAACUAGAAAUAGAGUAUUAUAAAAUCACUUUUAUCUGCAUUUUUUAUAAAACCAGAAGUAAUCUAAUUGCAUGUAUGAGGCUCCUCUGCCCAAUAACCCAGUUACAUAAAUAUAAUCAUCUACGAGAAGAUAAAACUGUUGAUCCAUUAUUUCAAAGAUUUGUAGACUAGCAAAGAUUUGUUAUAUACCUACUAUAACUGAAGGUAUUUUUAUUUUUAAAAGUUGCAGCAUUGUAGCUUAAAAAUAACUUGUAACAUUGGAUAUGAAGAGAUUAUUCGUAUUUAAAAGUAUUGUAGUCAUCUGGUCAUAAAUGAAGUAGGUUACAAAAUAGACUUGGUUUUGACCAUUUUAGGUAUAACUUAGUCAUGCUUUUGACAAUUUUAGGUAUAACUUAGUCAUGCUUUUGACCAUUUUAGGUAUAACUUAGUCAUGCUUUUCAAGACUAAGUUUAGGCAGUUAUAUGUAUUGUGUACCAAUGAUAUGUAAAAUAAAGCACCUUUUCUACUUAACCAGUUACAGGUGUUAUUUAUUUUGAACUACAUGGAAAAAAAUUGUGGUGGCAGAGUAAAUCUGUAGAAAUGUUGAUUUUAUAUCAUUCACUUAAUAUAAUACAGGCAGUCUCAUAAGGAAUGGAUUUGUCUAAAAACCUGUUUAGGAGUUAGUGGAUUGUGUGUGGGAGUUACUUUCUGAUAGAAAUGUAAACUUAUACUAACCUUCACUGUAGCUGAACUAGUACGCUUAAAAGUGAAAAAGGCAAAUGGCUCCAGCCUUCUGUCCUGCUACACCAUCGAAAUGGUCCUAGCAAAGGUCAGGGAUGACUUCUCAUUUCCCGAAACCAAAUUCUUUCAUGUAGUUAAUAUUGUCAUUUGAAACUUUUAAUCACUCCCUUGACACUGAUUUUUUCUGGUUUCCAUCAGAUUGUGCUGUCUUUGUUUAUGCACCUCCUUCUGUCUGCAGCCCCCCCCCCCUUCCAUCCCACCUGUCUCCAUUCGUAUUUUAAGAUUCACGUAAGUGUUGGCAACCUGAUGAAGCCUUUCCUGACAUACUCCAUUUCGAGGUAGAUUUGACCCCUUUUUCUUGUGUCCCACUGUUCUUUGUUAAAUCUUCUGUCAUAGCAACCUAAAAGCUGCUGUGUCCUUCAACUUGUUAGCACUGUUCCUCUCCCUCUGCCAGAUGGUGGGUCUUUAAGGCAGAGACUAGGUCUUUAUAUCUCUUCCAUAUCAGCCAUUUAGUUGGUUCUUAAAUAUUUUAACAAAUGAUUAAAGAAAAUUGUCACCUUUACAUCUCUCUCCAUAGUCUCACUGUCCUCCACAAAUUGGGAGGGAGGCUUUGAAAGGGAAAGAUUUUAUCAGGUUUAAUAAGCCUCUGGAGGAAAUACAAGCUCCACGUUUGUCUUACCCUACCCUGCUGUUACUUAGGUUCCUGAGAAAAGUUCUGAGAUAAAUAAGAGAUAGUCAUAUAUUUAUUAGGCUAGAAGUGAUUUAAUAUGGAUAUAUAGAUUUCAAGAGUAAGUCUUUGAUCUAAAAAGGUCUGAGCAUUUACUGAGAUUGGUGGGCAUUGCUAGAUAAUGAUUUUUAACAUUGAGUGACCAGGAAAUGAGCUAAAAAUGUUUCCAAAGUCAGACUGAUUCCAGUGGCUUUCCUAUGUUAAAUAGGUAGGUAGGAAAGCCCUACCGAUCUAUCUGUAAGCAUAAGAAACUGCUGGAGGACACAGAAUGCCAGCAUGGGAACCACACUGGAUUCUCUUACAUAUCAAGUCAGGUCACUGUUGUCCCCCCUCUGAGCUUAUAGGACAGGAUUCUUAAACUACUGGAAAACAAAAUGACACCUUCCUUCCAUGUUUCCCAAUUAUAGUUGAGAGUCCUUAUGUAUUUCUAGAACUCAGACUUUUUAAAAAUCAUACCUGGAAAAAUGUGAAUCACAACAUUCUGAGGAAAACAAUAAAUUUUAUAAACUGAUGAAAGAACAAGGAGCUAUAGCAGCCUCCUUAUUCAAAAUAGAUUUCUGUCUUCUACUUCUAAAUCUAUAUGAGGUAGCAGCUAGUGUUUGUUUUUGAACAUGGAGUGACUCUGUCCGCUAGGAAGUCAUGGUCCAGAAAGUGUCCCGCCGUGACCAAGAGGAUUAUCCCUUCUUCCUCCUCUCUGGAGAGAAAGAGUGGAAGUUCCCUCCUCAUUUCUCGGUUUCUUAUUGGAGAAGGGGGACAAAGCUAAAGGUAUAAUAAUUGCAUCCAGUUUGGCAAAGAUGUGGAUGUGCACUUAAGGCAGCAUAGCAUUUAAGAGAGCAAGCAGGGCUCUGGAGGCCCAACCUGCUGCUUGAUCUAAAAUCCUGCUGCCAGUUGCAGUUUAGCACCCCUGAUGGCAUUGUCUCUUCCAGCUUACAUAUAGGUAAGUUUUGGGGUCUUGUAACUGCCUGGGAUUUUAAAAAUAGCUGCAGUGAUGUCUGGAACCUUCUGAAUGUUUGGAACUUAGCUGGGGAGAUUGGACCUGAAGGAUACACUUUCUCCUUACGUAUUUCCUGGGAAUGUGUUGCCAGCCAUUUGCUGCUGGGCCUACUCUACCUCUUGCACCAACUCCCUAACCUAAGAUAAUAACCUUAGCCUGCCCUAAAAAAAAACCCCAAACAAACAAACAAAACCUUUAGCCUGCCUUGUUGGGUACAAGGGAUGGAUCCAACGUUUCAAGAUUUUUUUUUUCAAAUUUCUCAAUUACAUACCAAAAUUUAUAGCCAAUCCCCUGAAUCAGGCGAAACUGCACCUUAACUGUGUCUUGUUUUAUAUGCGAAAUGGCACUGCCAGCAAUGACCCUGACAAACACAUGGUUGCAAAAUUGUUAUAUUUGUGUGACCAACCUGGCACCUGUUAUUGAUCACUGUGGAGAAACAGUCACUAGCCACCAUGCACGGUCUGUAUUUUUGGAUUGCUGAACGCAAAUGCACUAUUAGGAGAAUGUGCCAAAGGGAACUUGUACUUUUGAAAGUCAACAGAAUUCUAUUAAGAGGCAGUGUCUUUGUCAGCUUAUUUUGAGGGUUGCAUCACCUAUCAUUUUAUUUUCUGCUUUAUACAAAUAAUUAUACCCAGUGAACAAAGUAGCCAAUUAACCAAAAUCAUGCCAGUGACUCUGAACCAACUUGGCAGGACAGUAUUGUAACACUGCCAUCUCACUAGGUCCUGACUCUCUGGAAGCCUAGUUAACUUCUGUGAAGAAUAACCCAUGUUCUUCCUUUUUUUUUUCAUGUUAUCAUAUACUUCUUCCCUCCAGUUACAAUAAUUGGCUGAUAUGCAAUGUAGAGUAGUGGCUAAAAUAACAGGAAAUGUUCCCUCUCUUUGUUGAUGAAAUUAUGUGUCACAUAACCUUAUAUCUUUUUCUUUUAAAAUGUUUGUUGAGAAUAAAUAAAAUCUCACAUGUAUUCAGUCUUCAGCUUAAGAACCAGAACACCUUCAGAUGUAUAGAAUCUGCCCCCUCUCCCUUGGUCUUCCCUCUACACAUACCACAUUGAGGUAAUUAUUCUGGAUUUUUUGUUAAUAAUUCCCUUGUUUUUAUUGUUCUACCAUCUAUCUUAAGUAUCCCUAGUAAUAUUAUUACUUAGAUUUACCUGUUUUUGAACUUUUAUGUAAAUGGUAUCAUGUUGUAUGUAUUCUUCCGUGGCUUUUUUCUGACAUUGUUUUUGAGAGUCUUAUUCAUGUUUAUGCAUGUUAAGUCAUUUGUUUUCACUACUGUAUAGUAUUCCAUUGUAUGACUAUACCACAAUUUGUUAAUCUGUUCUUCUGUUCAUAGAGAUUUGGAUUGUUGUGUCAGUUUUUGGCUGUUCUGAAUGAUGCUGCUAUGAGCAUUCUGCCAGUUACAAUGUAAGCUCCAUGCGGGCAGGGAUUUUGUUUUGUCUGAUUUUGUCUGUUUAACACAUUCACAAUGUCUCGAACAAUGCUGGCACAUGUAGAUGCUUAAUAAAUAUUUGAAGAAUGAGUGAAUUCUUGUACAUGUCUCCUGGUGCACAUGUGUAAGAGUUGCUCUAGGGCAAUUGUCAGUUUGGUCCAGGGACUCUGGAGGGCCCGAGGCCCUUUUAGGAGAGUCUGUGAGGGCAAAGCUAUUUUCAUAAGAAUAGUAAGACACAGAGUUCCUGUCGUGACUCAGUGGAAUCUGACUAGCAUCCAUGAGGACACAGGUUCGAUCCCUGGCCUUGCUCAGUAGGUUAAGGAUCCAGCAUUGCCGUGAGUUGUGGUAUAGGCCACAGACAUGGCUUGUAUCAGGUGAUGCUGUGGCUGUGGUGUCGGCCAGCGGCUGCAGCUCCAAUUCGACUUCUAUCCUAGGAAUCUCCAUAUGCCACGGGCACAGCCCUAAAAAGACAAAAAAGAGUAGUAAGACAUGCCUUGUCCUCUUUACUCUCCUUUUUCACAUUUUAAUAUUUCCCAGAUAUAUGAUGACAUUAUCACUCUGAUUGCAUAUCAAGUGUGUACCUGUGUAUUUUUGUUUGUGUUUAAUUUCUAAUGUGGUAAAUUUUGAUAAAUAUAACCCACAUGAAUAACAGCUCUUUGAGGUCCUCAAUAAUUUUUAAGCAUGUAAAGAAGUUCUGAGACCAAAUAUUUGAGAACUCAUGCCCUAAGAAGUAGGUUUUAGUUGGUCAUGCUGAACUGUUUUCUUUUUUUUGCUUUUUAGGGCCACACCUGCAGCAUAUGGAGGUUCCAAGGCUAGGGGUACAAUCAGAGCUACAGCUGCCGGCCUACGCCACAGCCACAGCAACACAGGAUCCCAGCCGCGUCUGCAACCUACACCACAGCUCAUGGCAAGGCCAGAUCCUUAACCCUGAUCUAGGCCAGGGAUUGAACCCACAACCUCAUGGUUCCUAGUUGGAUUCAUUUCUGCUGUGCCACAACAGGAACUCCCUGAACUGUUUUCUAAAGCAUUUAUACCAGUUACACUCCCACUUUUCAUGGUUGAGUGUCAUUGCAAACACUUUAAUCUUAGCAAACACUUAAUCUUGACUAUUUAUAUUUUCUAAUGGACAGUGAUUAUGUAGCAUCUUACUGUAGGUUUAUUUUGCAUUUCUCUAAUUACUCAUGAAAUUGAAUGUCUUUUCAUAUAUAAAUGUGUUUCUCCUCUGUGAAAUACCUAGUCAUGUCUUCUGCCCGUUUUUCUAUUGGGUGUGUGCCUUUUUUCAUUGAUUCAUGAUUUCUUUAUAUAUUCUGAAUGCCAGUCCUUUGUCAGUUAAGAUGUUUGUUGUUUGUAUUUCCUCCCAGUUUGUGUAUUAUCUUUUGUAUUUGUAUUAAAUUUGUUGAUUAGCUUGGAGAAAAUUGAUAGCUUUUCAGUAAUGAGUCUUCCCAGCCGAAAACAGUAUGUGUGACUCCAUUGGGUUUUCUUUUAUUAUCGCUCAAUAAACUUUAACAGUUUUUC